CCUCCAAGUACAACUUCAUUAGCUGAAAGUGGAUCAUCAUCUUUACCAUCUGGAUCAUCAUCAUCCUUAACAUCUGCAUCUACUGUAACUCAUAAACCAAAGGCAAGAAAUGUCCCUUAUAGACCUUCAGAAGAACAACAAAAACAAAUUGAUUUAUUAACAGCUAAAGGACCAGCUAAAAUCCCCAAUUUACGUACAGUGACAUCUACUACUCAAACUGAUUAUUUUGAUGUUUUACCAUCAUUUCAAAUGUUUCAAUCGAUCUUAAGAAGGGAUGAUAAUCAAUUCAAUGAGAAUUUAUCCAUUAGACCUCCUGAAUAUGGUGAUACUAAUAAUUCAUCACCUACUCCACCUCCACAUUUAUCACCUCGAAAUUCAUCUACUCAAAUAGAUGGGGUAUUAGGUGAAGUUUCUGAACGAUUGAAUGAAUAUGGAUUAAAUGAAGAUCAUGAUGAUGAAGAAGAAGAAGAAUACUUUCAUGAUCAUGAACAUCAUCAUAGUAAUAUCACUUAUGAUAAUCAUGGUCAUUCCCCCUUGGAUAAUAUUGAUAAAUUACCUAAAUUGAAUAAAUCACCCAUUGAUAUUCAAAUCUUUGUCACUAAGAAAGUCCCAGAACCGCAUACUAAUAAUGAAUUAGAAACGAGAUUGAAAGAAUAUACUAGUGGAGAUAUGGUUAAUGGAUAUAUUAUAAUCACCAAUAAAUCAGAUAAACCGGUUAAUUUUGGUUUAUUCACGGUAUCAUUAGAAGGGACAGUUAAAGAAGCAGAACGAAAUCUUGAUAUCCAUUCGAUUGAUUCGAAUCGAUUUAAUAAGAUUCUUAUGAAGAAAUUUUUAAAAAUGUAUGAUUUAAAUGCAUCUUAUGGAUAUACUCAUAUUCCUAGUAGUGCUGGAGUUGAAUAUGAACAAUAUACUAUUGAUUCAAGUGAUGGAUGUCAAUUUGGAUUACCUAAUGAACGUGUCUUACAACCUUUUAAAAAGUAUAAGAAAUUCUUUACGUUUAAAUUCCCGGAAAAGUUAUUAGAUAAUUCAUGUAUGCAUGCUUUAAUUCCUCAUAUUUUACCUCCACCCUCGAUGGGAUUUGAUAGAACUAGUUUCUUUAAUAAAGGUGAUUCGAUUCAAUUGAAUAAAGCUUUAGGAUAUGGAUUUUUGAAUGUGAAAGGUACACCAUUAAUCACCAGAGAUUAUAGUUUUGAAGAUGUUAGUGUGAGUUAUACUAUUGAAGCUAAAUUCAUUGAUAAAUUGAAUUCAAAUGAUAAUCUGCCUUUAUCACCCGAUGAAAUUAAUGAUCCUGAAAAUCCAGAUGCAAAUAAAUAUGUGAUUUCAAGAAGUAAUCAAUAUUUCGUAAGAUUUAUUCCUGAUUUAAGAGAACAAUUCCAAUAUUAUAAUUUAGGAUUUCAAUAUAGUCCUGAUUCAUUUGCUAAAUCUGGGAUUGAUGGGAAAUUAUUCUUGGAUUAUAUACAUUUAACAACCUGGAAGAAUAUUAAUUUAGAGAAUUUUCAAAUUGAACAAGAAAUUGAUUUAAGAUUAAGUAGAGAAGAAAUGACGAAUGAAGAUAUCAAACAUAAGAAUUUAAUUCUUGAUAAUAGUGAUUUAACAAGAAAGAGAUCCCAAAAGAUAUCCAAGAAGCAUCAAGCAUAUCAAGAAUUACAACGAAUUGAUUAUCAUAAUGAAGAAGAAGAAAAACAAGAACAAAAAUUUUAUCAAGAACAAUAUAUGAUUGGAACCAAAAUCCCGACUCAAGUUUAUGGUAAGAAGAAGAAAAUGAUCUUAUCAUCAUUAGUUAAGAUUGGUGAUUCGAAAUUAUAUGUCAAAGUUCCUCAUAAGAUCUUGCCCUAUGGAUCACCGAGAUUAUUACAGAAAUAUAAUGGUACAUUAGAAGAAGACGCUGGAAGUAAUCAUAUAUCACCAAGUAUUUCAAAUACGUUAGAACCAGUUAGUAGUCAUAUGUCUGAACUUUAUAAUCGUGAUGAGAAUGAUAAUAUUUCAUCGAUUGAUAUUAGUGUAAUUUUCAAUGCGUUAGGUAAUGAUGCUACUAUUAAACCACCUCAAAUCAGUUAUAUUGAAGUUAAUGUGAUCUAUUGGUCAUAUUAUACUGAAUACCCCUUACCGUUUGAAUUAAAUUAUGAUUUCUUUUAUACUAAUCCUGAAGAAGAUGAUAAAAAACAUAAUGACUAUGUUGAAAUUACAAGAAAGAAUUUACAAGGAUUGAAAGAUCAAGUAGGGAAUUAUAUUCAAUUUUUAAAAUCAAAUCAGAAAUUCGUAUCUAAGAAUAGUUAUCUUUAUCUUAAAUCGAUUAAAUCAUUAGGGAUUAAGAAAGAUACCAUUAAAGAGUAUUAUAAGACUAUAACUCCUCAAAGUCAUCCUGAUAUCUUAGGAAAUGAUUCCUGGUCAAAAGCUAAUCAUACUAAAUUCGUUAAAGAUUUAACCAUCCCAUUGAUCCCCAUUAAUAAAAACAAUGUGACGUUAUUGCCUAGUUUUCAAAAUUGUUUAGUAGGGAGAAUCUAUUGUUUACAAGUGGUGGUUAAAUAUAAGGGUAAUGGAGGUAAUGAACAGAAUGAAUUUGCUGAUAAUAUAAUUAAAGUAGAUAUCCCAAUUUUAGUGGGGUAG